AUGCCCUCGGCCCCAAUUUCAUCAAAUAAGACCUCCCUUUCAAAUGAUGGCCCAAAGCGAUGGAUUGUGGGUGGGAGAUUUCGCAAAGACUCGGACAAGGUGGAAAGGUACAGUGCCGACCGGGGAUGUCCCGAAGAAGUCGACUUUGAUUUCCCACCGACCGCCGUAGAGCCCAGGUAUCUCGAAAAGACCGACGAAGACAUCUUAGUUUUGGACUUCCUGGAUGGCGAUCGCGAGAACCCGUUCAAUUGGAGCCCGAGCCGGAAGGGGUUUAUUUCUGUCCUCCUCUGCCUCAUGACAUUGUUCGUCGGUCUCGCUACUACAGCCUAUAGCUCGGGUAUCGCACGCAUGACGCGUGACUUGGGCGUCUCGACGGAGCUCGGCCAGCUAGGGUUGUUCACUUUCAAUUUCGCCUGUGCCAUCGCCCCGUUAUUUCUGGCACCUUUCUGCGAGCUUGUUGGCAGAAGAGUUAUAUACGUGGGCGCAUACAUUUUGUUCGCGGUGAUAUUUAUUGGGUUGGCGCUGGGCAAGAAUAUCGCUACAAUCUUAGUAUGUCGAGCGCUGUUAGGCUUGUUUGGAUGUGUUGGGACAAUCUUGGUUGGCGGAACAUUCAGCGAUAUGUAUACACCCGAUAGUCGCGCGGUUCCUAUGGCGAGCUUCUCCUACGUGGCUAUCUUAGGAACGGUGGCUGCCCCGAUAUACGCCGGCUUUAUCGAUGAAACCAUUGGCUGGAGAUGGAUUGAGGGAAUUCAGGGUCUGGCGAAUAUACCUCUGAUCCUUCUGGUUGCAAUAUUCUUACAGGAAACGCGGGGUGGUGCUAUUAUGGAAAAGAGGACAAAGUUGCUGCGCCAGGAGACUAGUGAUGAGCGUUAUAGAGCGCAGAACGAACUCGAAGCUCCAAGCUUGAAGCAUAUGCUUCACAAUUCCUCUAUAAAGGCAAUUCAUAUGCUCGUGACAGAGCCAGCGGUGCUCGCAUUUGGACUAUGGAUCGGGUUUGCCUGGUUUGUGACAUUCCUCUUUCUGUCUGUGAUCCCUAUUACCUUCCAGGAGAAACGUGCUUGGAGCGAAGGGAUUGCUGGCCUCCCGUACAUCUCUCUCUGUGUGGGAACCACCAUCGGCUUCGCAACCAAUUUUAUCCAAAUCUACAAAUAUAAAGCUAUCUCCGAAGCUCGGGAUCGGAGAAUUGUCCCAGAAUCACGCCUGUAUGGCGCUAUGUUUGGCGCUAUCUGGCUCCCAAUCGGGCUUUUCAUCUACAGCUUCACGCAGUAUGCAUACCUGCACUGGAUCGGACCGACGAUCGCCCUGGCGCCAAUUGCAGUUGGUAUCUUCUACAUUUUCGAGUCAACUUAUAGUUUCACGUCUGAUUGUUAUGGAGAGAACUCGUCUUCAGCCAUUGCGGGCCAAGGCCUACUACGAAACACCUUGGGUGGAGUGGCGCCGCUAUUUGCAUCGCAGUUUUUUCAUAAUGUUGGGAGCCAGUAUGCAGGCCUUAUCCUGGCCUUAGCCGCCUCGGUGCUGGCCUUGAUUCCAUUUGUUUUCUUCAAGAAGGGGAAACAGAUCCGAGCACGGUCCAAGCUGGCAGAAUCGCAGCAUGGAGACGAAGAACAAAAGCGAAAGACGGGACUGUAUCUGUACAGAUGA